AUGUCUUUAUUUAUUUUCUCUCUCUCUCUCUCUCUCUCUCUCUCUCUCUCUCUCUCUCUCUCUCUCUCUUGCUCAUUCGUUCAUUUUGUCUUCUUCCUUCAUUAUUCUUUCUCUCUCUCUCUCUCUCUUUCUCCGUAUUUCUCUCUUUUGCUCUUUCUUUCUCUCUCUCUCUCUCUCUUUCUGUUUCUGUCUAUCUCUCUUUUCUCUCUCUCACUCUUUCGCUCUUUUUUCUCUCUCCUCUCUUUCUCUGUCUCUGUCUCUCUCUCUCUUUCUCACUCACUCACGUUCAUUCUCUCUCAGUCUUUCUCUCACCCUCACUCUCGCUCUUUCUCUCUCUCUCUCUCUCUCAUUUUUUCUUUCUCUCUUUCGUUCUGUCUCACACGCUCUCGCUCCUUCUCUCUCUCUCUCUCUCUCUGCACCCCCACCAUUUCAUGUUACAGAAUACGAAUGACCCUGAGUAAUCUAGAUUUUCAUUUUCUUUCACGUUUUUGUUUUUUCUUUUAUCUGCCAAUCUCAAAAUCUUCUCAAUUCUACCGCCGGCUUUCCCCCCUCUCUCUCUCUAUCUCUCUCUCUCUCUCUCUCUCUCUCUCACAUUCUCUCAAUCUUGAUUCUUUCCCUCUUUACUCCUCGAUAUCUCUUUCUGUCUUUCUCUAUCACACACACACACAAAUACAACCGUUUUUUAUGAUUUCUUUAUUUAUUGGCCGGUAUACGAUGAAAGGUGACCUCUUGAAAGAGAGAUGGGAAAAAAGAAAAUAA